UUCAAGAUACCGGUCAUGUAUUCAGGAACAGUGAUCUGGUUUUUGAUCGGCGUUUAUUCGAUUUCGAAUUUCCGAUGUUGUUACAGCUACGUCUACGAUAGGCCUAAGGUGGUGACGUACGGUGAACCAUGUAUCGCAUCACGGCAAUUUCCAAUUAGGAUCGAGGGGCCAAAGCCAGCGAUGCCGGAACAGAAAAUACCAUUGUCGCUAGAUUUUCGAGUUGUUUCGGAGAUGUACGUGGAACCUCGUCGCCGCGUUGAAUAUCCAAUUGCGAUAGAUGCACCGUGUCCUACUACGUCAUCGCCAUCAGAAAGGAUCAUCGUAGAUGACGACGUAUUACGAUUACGGGGAAAAACGUACGCGUACAGCACCUACGUUCCUCCUGCAGAAGACACGCCAACCCCCUCGAAAUAUUAUAAUUUUUCCGUUAACAUUCCAAUCACGAGCAAAGAAAUCACGUCCGAACAACCUACAGAAAGAUACGUUCAACGUUUGAGGGGACUCGCUACACGAGUCGAUCGAGUACUUGUUCCAGCUUGCGAGGUAUCACAAGCGUAUCGAUGCUGAAUAUGGAUAAGCUACCUUGAAUGUACAUGUACCGAGUCUGAAAUGAAAGAAAUUCCUAUGCGUUCAAUGUGAAU